GAGGAGAGUUUCUACACAGAAGCAGUCUCCUCUUUCAAGCAUGCCACAGACAAGAGGACCGCGGACUGAACACAUGCAGCUUCUGGUUGACAACAUGAACACUUCCGCCGCUCGGUGCCGCGGUGCACGCCGGGCUGGAGGCGGACAGCUGGCUCCGGUUUGUGGAGGACCGACGUCAGUGUUUGUGCUGCUCGGGGGGAAGAUGGCGGAGGCUGCGGCUGUUCCACCGCAUCGGUUUUUCUGUCACUGUUGUAAGGGAGAAGUGAACCCCAAACUCCCGGAGUAUAUCUGUCCAAGAUGUGACUCGGGGUUCAUAGAGGAAGUAACAGAAGACUCCAGUCUCCUAGAGGGUGGCGCUAACGGGAUAGAUGACACAGCCGCACAAUUUGCAGAGCUAUGGCACCUGUUGUUACUGGAGCGGCCAUUUACAACAGACGCCGACACACCUGACUCAGAACCUCGGCUCCCUGGAGGGCGCCCGCGGGGUCUCAGUGACCUGGGGGGGUUGGGAGGGGGACCAAUCGGUGGGUCAGUCCCAGCAGGUCUAGGGGGACCCAUGGGGGGUCUACUAGGAGCUGGGGACCACUGGGGAUCAGGACGUCCCACUCACCUGCACAGCCAGAGGAGAUAUCGCUCUCGAGGCAGCAGUAGACCAGACCGUUCACCUGCUGUGGAAGGGAUUGUACAACAGUUUCUCGCCGGCCUCUUUGCCAGCUCUGGAGUGCCUGGCUCACCUCCCCUCUCAUGGACGGGGAUGCUGCACUCUAACCCAGGGGAUUACGCCUGGGGACAGGGAGGGUUAGACGCUGUGAUAACACAGUUACUAGGUCAGCUGGAGAACACAGGACCUCCUCCAGCAGAGAAAGAAAAGAUCUCUUCUCUCCCAACUGUCAACAUCUCUCAGGAACAAGCAGACUGCUGUAUGGAAUGUCCGGUGUGCAAAGAGGACUUCGCAGUGGGAGAGCCAGUCAGACAGCUACCCUGUAACCACUUCUUUCAUUCAGACUGUAUAGUACCAUGGCUGGAAAUGCAUGACACGUGUCCAGUGUGUAGGAAGAGUUUGAACGGAGAAGACAGCAGCAGUCAGCCCCCGUCAGAGUCCCCCACCCUCUCCAUGGACCCCCGCACACAGGAGAGAUGGUCCUUCUGAGACACCCACCUGUCUCAUCCCUCAGUUCUCCUCGCCUACAUCAUCCAACAGCACACGGAGAAGGCGAAGCGCUUCUCACUUUCCCUCUUUUCAUUUCUGUUGCAGUCAUAAUCAUCUCAGCCUGAUAUUUUUUUUGUACUUUUAUUUUCUAUUUUAAUGCCUUUCUCCUCAACCAUGUAUACAGAUAGCCGUACAGACGUCUUAACAGUUGCUCAAGGUCUUCUCAGUCUUUUUUUUUUUGCCUCAUAACAAACCAGCAUAGAUUGAUGAUGAUCAAGCCCUCGUCUUCUCGAACUACAAGCAAACUCCUUUUCCAUCUUUCUUAAAAUGCACUGCUGCAAAUACACUAUUGUGGGGAAAUGCCAGACUUUAUAUCAUUAACCAUGCCCUCUUUACUUAUCUGAAAAUUUACUAAAUCCUGCAACUGAGCCCUGUACAACAUAUGGGAAUAAAGUAGGGGUUACUCUGACUCUUACAGGGUGUGGAGGUAACAAUGAACACCUGCAGCCCUGCAAUAAAUGUUUUGUUUAUGAAGGGAUUACUUUUUGUUGAGAUUUUGUCAGACAAGAUCAUGAUCAAACUCUUGUUAUUUAUUCUGGUGUUUUAUUGGAUUGCAAUGUUAAAGUGUUCAUAUUCUUGCAUCCACACUCUGUAGUGCGCUUCAAUAAAAAAAACAGAGUAUUUUAUCAGAAUCAUGUUGCUGCUGUUAAACAGCCACAAAUGGAAGCUGUGACAUCAAACCAACACCCAUAAAGAAAAAAACAAUAAUACCAGCAAGGGAAUGAAAUAAAAAAAAAAAAAAUACAGAGCUCGUCCCAUAAUCUUAUAUUUUAGAUUGAAACAUACCCCUCUUGGUGUAUAUAUUAUAAACAGAAGGCAUCCCUCUGUCAUUUUAUUCCAGUUUAUGACCAUCUUUUGUUUCACAUUUUUUAUCACUUUUUUGAUGUAAAUAAUUUUAGUCAACAACUUAUGGUUUGCAAAGGAAAAAAAAAGAGAAUGGAGACACAAAUGUGAAAUACCAGGUUAUCAAACUGUAUAUUAUAUAUGAAAAAAUGUCUAUGAUGUAUUAAUAAAUUGACAAAAAAAAUGGCAUGGUUGAAUUUUCAUUUUUCCCAACCUGAUUCUAAGUGUUAUUUUAUACACUAUACUCUUUUGUAUUCUAUACUUAAUACUGUCUGCACCAAAGAUAAUUAAAACGUGGGAUAUUUUAAAACGCUUUAUUUAAAAUGAAAUAGCAACAGCAAGGCAUUAACAAUUUCUGUACAUUAAGUUAUUUCUUAAGAGAUGGUGAGGACACUUAAAGCAUUGUAUUAGGUGGAAAUCAAGGCAUCAGUUACGCUUCGGCACGGGUCAUUCUGGUAAAGUGAUACAUUCAUUUAUUUUAGUGCCAUUACUGAUAACUGGCGCAUAAAAUAAAUUAGGCUUCUGGAUGAAAAUCAAAGAGUUGAGGUUAUUCUUGUUUGCUGAGGUUAAUUCAAGUGAUUACUGAUAUCACUAAAGCAGUGCACAAUAAAU